GUUAAUUUACAUAAAAAUCCGAGUUAGUUUCCAACGUAUUGAACGUGUGAUUUUCUCAUCUUUCUUGGAAAGCAACGAUUCUUGAAUCACAUGAUCUUUCUUCUGAUCAAUAACAACAAUGCUCCUUGCCAUGAUCAUGAGCACAUCAGCCUUUCAAAUUAUUUUGUUUUCAGUUCUUGUGAUUUACUCGACAGAAGCCGGAGAGCCAAAGUUCAAGUGCAAAGAAGCCGAGAGCCAGGCACUGCUAAAAUUUAAGGCGGGUUUUUAUGAAUCCGACGUUGGCUUUCUAUCGUCUUGGGAGGGAAGAGAGUGUUGUGAAUGGACCGGAAUUCGGUGCAGCAACAAAUCUGGUCAUGUCAUCAGGCUUGAUCUUUCUCCUUCAACUUUUGGUAUGGAUGAUGGAUAUCCGGGCUACAAUACUCGGAUUCUAGGAGGUAAUUUCAGCUUCAAGUUGGUCGAUUUGCGGUAUUUGAGUUAUUUGGAUCUAAGUUGCAUCAGCUUUUAUGAGCAGAAUUCCAUCCCAAGUUUCAUUGGCAGCCUCAGCAAGUUAAGGUACCUCAACCUCUCUUACACCACCAUCACCGGAGAAAUUCCUCCACAACUUGGAAAUCUUUCUAGCUUGCAGAUUUUAGAUCUUCGCGAUAGUUUUAAAUGGAAAAAGACCAUAAGCAAUCCAGAGUGGAUUUCACAUCUUUCUUCUUUGCAACUUCUUGACCUUAGUUACUCAGACAUGAGCUUAGCUAAUGACUGGGUGCGCGCAGUUAACAACCUUCCUCACUUGACCGAUUUGAAGUUGAGUUAUUGUGAUCUUCCGAGUACUAUUCCCCCGUCUCUUUCGCCUGUUAAUUCUUCAAAAGUUCUUGCUACUCUUGAUCUCUCUGGAAACCAUUUCUCUACUUCUUUACUAAUACACCAAUUGUUGUUCAACUAUAAUCGUAGCCUUGUUCAUCUUGACCUCUCCCUUUGCUCCUUAAAAGGUUCAAUUCUACAAGCUUUAGAGGAUAUGUUUGCUCUUGAGUAUAUUGACCUUACCGGCAAUGACUUAGGAGGCUCCAUUCCAAAAUCUUUCGGGAUCAAUAUGACUUCCAUUGCAUUCCUUUCUCUUUCAAACAAUCAACUGCAAGGAUCCAUCCCAGAAGCUUUUGGAAACAUGACGAGCCUUGAAUAUCUCGACGUCGGCGAGAAUAGGCUUGAAGGUGAAAUUCCAAAAUCCAUUUGGGAAAUAUGUGCAUUAAAAACGCUGCGACUACACGAUAAUAAUCUCAGUGGAGAACUCUGGUUUGCUGAAUCAUCAUCCAGGUGUGCUCAUUUCUCUUUGGAAUCUUUGCUCUUAGAGAACAAUCAACUCACAGGAUCACUUCCUAACUUUACACUUUAUCCAUCUCUGAAAAGCCUAUGGCUUAGCUCGAAUAAGUUCAACGGAAACGUAUCCGAGAGUGUUGGCCAAUUAUCACAGUUAGAGACUUUAGAUAUUUCUAAAAACUCUAUGGCAAGUGUGAUUUCUGAAUCUCAUCUUUCAAAGCUCUUCAAGCUACUUUCUUUGGAUUUAUCUUCCAACUCAUAUAUAGUUUUCGAGAUCCCUUCUGAUUGGAGACCUCCCUUUCAAUUGGAUUAUAUACGUCUUGGAUCUUGCAAGUUGGGUCCUCAUUUUCCAAAAUGGCUUCAAACUCAAAAGAAUUACAGCGAGCUAGAUAUCUCCAACUCCGGGAUUUCAGAUUCUAUUCCAAGUUGGUUUUGGAAUUUUCCUACAAUGGUAACAGAACUCAAUCUGUCAAGUAACGAGAUUUGGGGAAUAAGUCAUGAUAAUGAGCAAGAGGUCAAUGUUUCAUCAAUAGAGUUGAUAUCUUCACCUUCUUUAGAUUUGAGCUCAAAUCAUAUAGGAGGCCAAAUACCGCCUUUUUUCCUCAAAAUGUCUACACUGCGUCUUUCUAGAAAUAAGUUUACGGAGAUUAAUUCCAUAUGCAAUAUCUCCGCGUCCAACUUACUCUUUCUUGAUGCUUCAUAUAAUCAGCUGUCAGGGGAGCUUCCUGAUUGCUGGUCAAAUAUGGAGAACUUGGAAGUUCUUAUUCUGACAAAUAAUAAGUUUUCGGGGAAAAUUCCCUUUUCAGUUGGCUUCCUAACUCGUAUCGAGGCAUUGCAUUUGAGCAACAACAAUUUCACUGCAGAAUUGCCUUCAUCCUUGAAAAACUGUACAGAGUUGAUAGUUCUUGAUGUUGGAGAAAACAAGUUAUCGGGCCCCGUACCUGCAUGGAUUGGGAAAAAUCUAACAAAACUUGUUAUUCUUAGCCUCCGAUCCAAUAACUUUUACGGUAGUAUGCCCACACAACUUUGUCAUUUGGAAAAUCUUCAAUUGUUGGACUUGUCUUCGAAUGAGCUCUCAAGCAGUAUUCCGAAAUGUCUCAGUUAUAUUGAAGGAAUGAAAGAAGAUGGGUUUCCAGACUUACCUUUCAGCAACGAGUCAAUACUCCUAAUGUGGAAAGGUGCAGUACGUGAAUUCAAGAAUUUGGAACUUCUAAAGAACUUUGAUUUGUCAAACAAUAAGUUGAUAGGAGAAAUUCCAAAAGAAAUCACUAAGCUUAUUGCAUUGGUUUCUUUGAACUUGUCAAGAAACAAUUUGAGUGGAGAAAUCCCACAAGAGAUUGGUCGGUUGAAAUCUUUAGAUGCUCUUGAUUUAUCCAACAACCACCUUUCCGGUCGCAUUCCUUCAAGUCUUGCUCAAGUAGACCGUCUCGGUAUAUUAGACUUGUCAAGAAAUAGCUUGUCAGGAAAAAUUCCAACUGGCCCUCAACUCCAAAACCGUGAUGCCGCUGCAUAUUGGGGAAAUCCUGAACUUUGUGGUGACCCACUUCCAAAGAAAUGCGUACAUGAAGAAGAACCGGCUAUUUCUGAAGUUACUGAAGAUGCACAUGGCGGCGACCAAGAGGACGAUGAUGGAUUCUUAAACCCAGGAUUCUAUGGUAGCAUAGGACUUGGAUUUGUAGUUGGAUUUUGGGGAAUUUGUGGGACAUUAAUCUUCAAAAAGUCUUGGAGAUACAGAUAUUUCAAGCUCUUAAAUGAUAUAGGAGAUCGGAUCUAUGUAGUAAUGGCAGUACAGAAGGCAAAAUUACUGCGGAUGAUUAGAAGCUAUGUCACAGACAUGAGGUUAGCCCAUGACUGGGUGCAUGUGGUCAGUAACCUUCCUCGCUUGGUAAAUUUGAAGUUGAGUGAAUGUAUUCUUCCGGAUGUUGUUCCUCCGCAUCUUUCCCUCGUUUAUUCUUCAAGAUUUCUCGCCGUCCUUGAUCUUUCCGUAAACUAUUUUCCCUCUGCUUCUAUAUUGCUGUGGUUGUUCAACUACAGUCAUAGCCUUGUUCAUUUUGACCUUGCCGGUUCCCUGCCAAAUAGUUCUUUUCCAGAAGCAUUUGGUAACAUGGCUUCCCUUGAAUACCUUGAUCUUCAAUGCAAUUUUAAAGGUUCCAAUAUUCCAGAUUCUUUUGGGAAUAUGACUGCGCUUACAUAUCUUGAUCUGAGCCUCAGUAAUUUAGAAGGUUCCAUACCAGAGUCCUUUGGGAAUAUGACAUCGAUUGCAUUUCUCGAUCUCAGCGGUAAUCACUUGGAAGGAUCCAUUCCAGAAUCUUUUGGAAACAUGGCUUCUCUUGAAUACCUUUAUCUUAAGACAAACAUGCUAGAAGAUGAUAAUCGAAUUGUGGGAUCAUUGCCUAACUUUACACUGUAUCCAUCUCCGAAAGAGCUACAUCUUUCCUCGAAUCAAUUAAAUGGAAACACAUCGAAAUGUAUAGGUCAACUAUCAAAGUUGGAGGUUUUGGAUAUUUCUAACAACUCAAUGGCAGAUGUGAUGUCUGAAGCUCAUUUUUCUAAACUUUCCAACCUACAUACUCUGAAUUUAUCUUCCAACUCAUGUUUGGUUCUGAACAUGUCUUCUGAUUGGAUUCCUUCCUUUCAUGGAUUGGAAAGUAUAUCUCUUAGAUCCAGCAAGUUGGGUCCUCAUUUCCCCAAAUGGAUCCUAACUCAAACGAAUUGUACCAUUCUUGACGUCUCCAACACCGGAAUUUCAGAUCAUAUUCCCUACAAUUUUUGGAAAAGUCUUCCUAAUUUGGAGAGUCUUGAUCUGUCUGAUAAUGAAAUCAGGGGAACAAUUCUGGAUAAGCAAAGAUUCAGGGGACCUUCGAGAUUGAUUUUGAAGGAGAUAGAUUUGAGUUCAAACCAGCUAGAAGGCUCGAUACCUCUUUUUUUACUCGAAGUGGUUUCACUAAAUCUUUUCAAAAAUCGAUUUUCAGACCUAAAUUUCCUGUGUAAGGUUCAUAAAUCUCCAUAUCUGACCUUUCUUGAUGUUUCAUACAAUCAACUUUCGGGCGAGAUUCCUAAUUGUUGGUCAAAUAUGCGCUACUUGCGAAUUCUUAUUCUGGCAAAUAAUAAGUUAUCGGGGAAAAUUCCUGCCUCUCUUGGCUUGUUAAGGAAACUACAGACCUUGCAUUUGGGUAACAACAAUUUGACCGGGGGAUUGCCUUCAUCCUUACAAAAUUGUACAUGGUUGAUUAUUUUUGACGUAGAAGCAAACAAAUUGUCAGGGCAGAUACCAGCGUGGAUUGGGAAGAGUUUCGCAGCUCUUGUCAUUCUUAGCCUGCGAUCCAAUAACUUCAAUGGGAGUAUUCCUGUAGAGCUGUGUCGCUUAGUACGCCUUCAACUCUUGGACUUGUCUUCAAAUGAUCUCUCGAUCAAUGUCCCCAAAUGUCUUGACAAUAUUACAGCAAUGAAAGAAAUUGGGAGCGAAGAUUCAACAAUUUAUUGGCCUUACGAAGUAUGGAAAGGAGCACUCCAGGAAUUCACAAGCUUGGGACUUCUGAAGAACAUUGAUUUGUCCAGUAACAAGUUGUCAGGUGAAAUUCCAAGAGAAAUCACUAAGCUCCUUGGAUUGAUUUCUUUGAACUUGUCGAGAAACAAUCUGACUGGAAAGAUCCCGCAAGAGAUUGGUCGGUUGAAAUCUUUAGAUCUUCUUGAUUUGUCAAACAAUCACCUUUCCGGCCGAAUUCCUUCGAGUCUCUCUCAAGUAGAUCGUCUCAAUACAUUGGACUUGUCAAGCAACAAUUUGUCAGGCAAAAUUCCAACAGGAACUCAACUCCAAACACGCGAUGCUGCUGCAUACAUGGGAAAUCCUGAACUUUGUGGAGAUCCACUCCCAAAGAAAUGUCCAGGUGAAGAAGAACCACCCAUCUCUCCUGGAGCUACUGAAGAUGCCCACGAUGGCGAAGAAGAAGAUGGGUUCAUAACCAAAGGAUUUUACAUUAGUGCGGCAGUUGGAUUUAUAGUUGCAUUUUGGGGAGUUUGUGGGACAUUAGUCUUCAACAAGAUGUGGAGAUACAGAUACUUCAACUUAUUGAAUGACGCUGGUGAUUGGCUUUACGUAACCGUAGCAGUUCGCAAGGCAAAACUGUUGAGGAUGAUCAAAACCUAGCCAAUUGGUAAAUACUUUUUCGCUCAAAAGAUUUAGGGAAAGUUCGUUUAUGUUCUGGAGCGCUUUCUGUUCGAAGUGAUAGCUUGUAAAAUAGUUGAAGUACUUGAUUUGUUGCAGCUUUCUAUCUUUCGAUGCAAGGGAAAAUGGCUUGGCCUGGUGUAAAUUGCCCUGCUUUGGUAUUUACCAUUUAUGAAUUCUAUGUUG